ACAAGCUCAUUCAAGCCUCAUCUGUCAGCUCAGCUACCUGGGACUCUCACAUCCUCUCUGAACUCUGGACCCUGACUGCCACGGCCAUGAAAACUCAUUACUUUCUCCUGGUGAUGUUAUUUUUUCUCUUCUCCCAGAUGGAGCCAGGUGCUGGCCUUCUCACAAGUCUUGGACGCAGAACAGAUCAAUACCGAUGCCUCCAACAUGGAGGAUUCUGUCUCCGCUCCAGCUGCCCAUCUAAUACUAAACUACAAGGAACCUGUAAACCAGAGAAGCCCAACUGCUGUAAGAGCUGAUAGAGGUUUAAAGAAUGGACAUAAAGGACGAGAGAGGGAUUGUAAAAUUAAUGUCUUAAUAAAUGAAAUGUUUUUGAAGUUUAUUUACAUCAUAUCAAAAUAAAUUUUAUGUCUCAGUUUAGAAGAGCAAUUUUUCUAAAGUAUUAGGCUUAGAACAAGAGGUGGUAAAAAUCCAGAACAUCUGCCUGGCCCUAAAUAAUGGUGGUCACAAUUUGAGUGAUAUCACUUCUAUGUAAUUUUAUCACCAUGCAAGAUGCACCCAGCACAGGAAGAUCACACAGAAUUGAACACAGAAGACAGUCCUCAGGCCUCCUGGGAUAUAAAAGAGGAUGACUCUUCCAUGGUUUCAGCAGUCAGUUCUAUGAUACCCCAUCUGCAACCUUAGCUUGAGAAACUCCUUUAUAACUAUAAGUUGUCCAACCAAAGCUUCAUGGGUAAUGUCUGGAUAUCCUGGUAAGUGCUUUAAAAAAAGAUUCAGCUACAACUUUCAAACCUAAUUGUGUAUCAUAAAUCUGUGUUAGGACUGGGACAUCCGUGUUUCAGAUCUUUCUCAUGGUUAUGUCUACAGACAUGCACAGAUGGACUAAAGCUAUCAUGACAU